AUGUCAGCUCAGGAGCUCGUGGCCUGCCUCUGCCAGGAGGGGGACAAGCACCUGGCCCUGGAGGAGCUGCCCUUAGCCACCGCCUUCUACCUGGCCGCCUUCAGCUGCCACUCCCCUUCAGCUGUGCGGCAUGUACGGGCUCUUCUGGCUGAGUCCCCAGGGGCACCUGUGGUGGCUACCCUGGAGGCCUGGUGUCGUGGGGACAGCCAGAUCCCUGCUAUCCAGUGGGAUGGCAUGGCGGUAGUCUCCCUGACUGGGCCACUGGCCUCUGCCUUCCUCGGUGCCAUUUGCCCGGAUCACCCUGCCACUGUCCUGUACCUUUUGGCUGGCCUGCUGGCCCAAGGGCGUCACGUGGAAGUGGUACAGCGCUGUAACACUCUGUUGGAUGCACAUUCCCAGCAAGCCCUGGAGCUGCAGCUGACGCGUGCCCUGGCCUGGGUCCUGUCUGUGGACCAGGCCACAGAGGGCAUAGCUGCCUAUCUUCAGAACUUUGCCUGCAGCGCAGACAGGACAGUGGCCUUCAUCCAUAGCCACCAGCAGCCUUACCUCCCCAGGCUGCUUGGCACCCUCCAGAACUACCUCUCAGGAAAUCUGAAGACCAGAGCCAGCCAGCAAGAGACCAACUGUAGGGGGCUUCUGGAGGCCCUGGACCCCAGAGGCAGCUGGACGGGUGCCAUGUCACCGGAAGCUCUGCUUCACCGGGGCAGGUUUGAGGAUUGCCUGGCAGCAUGCAGCCGGGACCUUCAGCCUGACUCAACAGGGAGUAGACCCCAAGGUGAGCACCUGGCGGCCCUGCUGGUCAUCCGCGCAGCCGCCACCUUCUUCCAGGAUGGUCCAGCCGGGGACAUGCUGAGGGACCUACAGGAGGCCUUCCGCGAGAGCCCCGCCGGCGCGCGGAGGCAGUUCCAGGCCCUGCUGUCCGUGGAGGACCGCGAACGCCUGCAGGCGCAAGCGCAGGAGGCCGCGGACCUGGGCUUCGACCGCUUCCUGGAGGCUGUGAGAAGCCGCGGCGAGCUGCGCCGGGAUGAGGACCGCGAGCUCUUGGUUCCAGUGACUCGCGCGCUCCGCGUCCUGCUCCGCGUGGCACCCGCCCGACGGCGACCCGCGCUGGGCACCCGCCUGGCCGAGUGCCUGCUGCUGGCUGGGGACGUGGCGGAGGCUCGCGCGCAGUGUGAGCGCCUCCUCAGUCCCAGGCGUCCCGGGGAGCGCGCGGGGGACCGCACUGGAGAGCACGCGUCGCUGCUGGCGCUGCGCGGCUUCUGCGCGCUGCACGCGGGCGAUGCGCGGCGCGCGCGCGCGGACUUCCAGGCGGUGGUGGAGCGCGCGGCGCCGCACGCGGGAGGCUGCGUGCGCGCACUGUGCGGCCGAGGGCUGCUGCGCGUGCUAGCGGGCAGCGCCUUUCUGGGAGCGCUGGACUAUGUCACCGCCUGCCGGCUGCGGCCGGAGGAGGCGCUGCUGGUCGCCAAGGCCUACGUGCCCUGGAACCAGCGUGGGCUGCUGCUGACAGUGCUGCGGGAGGAGGGCCGCAAGAUGCUGCUGCGCUCGCCGAGCUACGCGGAAAAGACUGCGCAGGCGCAGGAGGGGGAUGCCUAUGGAGUUUACCAGCUGGCCACCCUGUUAAUGGGGAUGGAUGCAGAGGAUGAGACUUCCUGCCUCUUAGCGACUGAUGCCCUGUACCGCUUGGGCCGCCUGGAUGAUGCUCACAAAUCCCUGCUGGUGGCUCUUUCCCGAAGGCCCCAGGCAGCCCCUGUGCUGGUGCGGCUGGCCCUGCUUCAGCUGCGGAGGGGCUUCUGCUAUGAUGCCAACCAGCUAGUAAAGAAGGUAGCCCAGUCUGGAGACACCGCCUGCCUCCGGCACACACUGGACAUCUUCCAUCAUGAGGACCUGCAGCUGCUGCAAGACCACUGCCACACACGGGCACUAAGCAUCCUGCGGGCUCGGCCAGGUGGGUCAGACAGUGAGGCCCACACCAGGGAAGCCAUCGCCUAUCUCUCUCUGGCCAUCUUUGCUGCAGGGAGUGAAGCCAGUGAGUCCCUCCUUGUCCGAGCCCGCUGUUAUGGGCUCCUGGGUCAGAAGAAGACGGCCAUGUUUGAUUUCAACUCCAUACUUCGGGAGGAUCCAGGGAAUGUGAAAGCUCUGUGUGGACGAGCUCUUGUGCAUCUGGCCCUGGACCAGCUGCAGGAAGCUGUGGAUGACAUGGUCUCCGCCCUGAAGCUUGACCUGGGCUCUGUUAUCCCUGAGAUCCUCUCCUUGAAGACACAAGUUCAGUUGCCCCUUACCCAGGGCCUCUACACCCACAGCCGGGCCCUCCUGAACCAGUGUCUGGACACUGGGCUACCCCUCAGGGAAGAGGACACCCAAGGCCUCCUUGCCAUGGGGGAGGCACUGAUUAGAAUAAAUGCUGCACAGCCCAGUUGGCACCUGCUUCUCACAGACAUCCUCACAGGACUGGGCAAGCAUCAGGAGGCUGACACCCACUUGCAAGAAGCGCUACACCUCGCCCCAUCAUCAGAGGCUGCCCAGGCCCGGCGAGGCUUGCUCCAGCUUAAAAAGGGAGAUGUGUCAGCUGCUGCCCAUGACUUGCAGUGCCUGGCAGAAAUAGAUACUCAGGACCUCCGCUUCCUGUUACGUCUCCUUGACGCCCCAGAGCGGCGGAGUCUCAUGCAGACCGCUGCCAAGGAAGCAAGCAACCUCUUGGAUUUAGGGAAUCCGGGGCGGGCUCUGAGCUACUGUUCUUUGGCCAUCCUGGCCGGAGGCAACAAUCCUUACCAUCUGCGUCUCCGAGUGGCCUGCUUGACCCAGCUGCGGGAGUAUAACCGGGCACUCAGGGACCUGGACCGGGUUCUGCAGCAGCCUGCAGAGGACAGCGACCUGCCAAGACGGACAGAAGAUUUCUGCACCCGGGGUCGCCUGCUUCUGAGCCUGGGGGAUAAGGAUGGAGCCGCAGGGGCCUUCACCCAGGCUCUGGCCCUGGCACCAGCCCAGGCUCAGAGCAGCCUGUUGGAGCAACCAGGCCAGGCCAUGACAGCCAGUGUGUUCCUGAUCCAUGGCCAGCGCUGUCUAGAGGAACAGCACUUGGAGGAAGCCUGGGCAGCAGUCCAGAAUGGACUCCUGGUGGACCCCAGCCACAGUGGGCUAAAGAAGCUGAAGCUGAGGACUCGCAAGGUGGCCACCUCGGGCUGCAGACUACACUAACCAGCAGCUAACUGCUCGACUCCUCCACCAGCAGCUAACUUCUCAUCUAGGGUGCACCUGGCUCCCCAGAUCCAAGAGUAGAUCUCCGCUGGCCACCCUUGCCUGUCCUUUCCUGUGGGAUUAGAGGAGAAACUUCCUGCUUCUGCAGAACAGCUGGCCUGGAUGGCUUACAGCCCCACCGCAGUGGGCAGCCUCAGUGCUCUGCUCACACCUGGGACAUGGGCAAGAUCAGGGUUCGCUCCUCCUCAGGGCCUAGUGGGAGAGUUGCUGACCCAGGGAGCCCUCCCUGGGAGGAGGCUGCUUAGAGCAGACCUGGAUUGCUCCAGAUUCCUGGCUGCCUGUGUGGAACUGAUCUUGCCAGGUCGUUCUCCAGGGACCCAGUGUCCAUGCCAGCAGGCCCAGCCCAGGUAGCCCCUUCCCUCUACAGGGCCCUGAGAGACCCCAGGCUUCCACUCCACCUACGCCUGUCCAAGGUGUCAGAGUGUGAUUUGUAGCAUCUGAACUGAGACAGCUUUACGUGGGCAAACUUCCCAUCCAGUCUCGAUCCCUGCCAGUGGGGUGUCAGCCUGUCACCUCACAGCCACCAUCACCAAAGCUACCACAGAGGUCAGGCUGGAGUACUUCACACAUUCCCACAAUGGACGGGACUGCUUGGCAUGACAUGGCAAACUCUUUCCUGGCUUCUACUGUGAGGGUGAAGGCAAGGUCUGAGACUUCCCUUUGCCCGGGCUGCCUUCUCUGCCCCUUCCUCCUGCAGUCCUUUUAACACCAUGGAAACGCACCAUCUGACCGACAGACUGACCCCCAGGCUCUGAUACAGGAUUCCUGAUCCUGCUGGUCGGUCCCCAGGCAGUGCUGAAGGGACUGGGUAGAAUUAGCAGUCGCCUUCCUAUGAAAGCCUUCUCCCCUGCCCUGUCAUCCCUCCGUGGUGCCGAUGUGGGAGCGCUCCUCCCGCUGCUAUAAUACCUGACACCUGCCCAAGCUAUGCCUCCGUGUAUCCCACGGGAGGACCAGGAAGAGCAGGGAGCCCGGGGCCCAGAAAGGCUCUUCUGUGAGGCCCACCCUGGUUCCUGCCCCUUUCCCACCAUGAUAUCUCUACAAUAGCCUGAUGCACAUCUCCACCAGGUUUCCCUUUCGUCCAUCUCUCGUUCCUUGGCACUGCAGACACUUGCCAACACCCAGCAGCACCAAGAUCAAGCAGUUGUCACCUGGGCAUGGCCUCCGCCUCCUGUGCCUUUGCUGCCUUUCAUCCUAAGGUGUCCUGCUGUCCUCAUCCAUGCCAGGAUGCCUCAGCCCUUAAUAUUCUAAACAUGUAGGUAGUCAGAUCUGGCAGAGCUCCUCCCGGCACCAGGGGCAUCAUCCAGAUUUGGGUCUCCCAAAGUCUUAAAACAGGCACACACAUGCACGCACUCUGUCUCUCUCUCUCAUUGCUGCUGAUCAGGCACCUUGCUGUGGUCUGAGUGGGUUCCCAGAAUUCGUGCGUUGAGAUCCCACGACCAAUGGGAUGUUGCCAGAAUGUGGGUCUUUCAGGUGGGAAGGAGUUAGGUUGUGAUGUUUGAGCCCUAAAGAACGGGGUCCGUGGCUUUGAAGGCACUUCAGCCCACCCACAUAUGAGUACAAAGUCGGGAAGUGCCACCUACAAACCAGGAUGCAGGCCUGUCCCCUCAUUCCUACCAGGGCUCCACCUUGGACUUCUACCUCCACAGCCAUGAGAAAUAAAUCACUUGACAAGGUUCUUGGCCUGUAGGAUUUGUCUCAGUGAACUGAAGGGCAGUGUCUCCUCACCGCCACCUCUGUCCUGACCACAGACCUCUAAUCCCUGAAUAUGGAGAUGCAUCUUAGCUGGCCAAGCCCCUCAGCCUACACAUUGUCUCACGGAAGUGUCCCAGGCUAGACCAGACAGCCCAGCAGCCUGAAGGCUGUAGUGGAGGGUUCUAAAAGCUGUGCAUUCACCUUCCUGGGCUAUAUGCCUACAGGGCAUGUCCAGGGCUGCUGGCCUCCACCAUUCUAGAGCUCACAGUCUGAAGAUCCAUCCCUUGUGGCUUUCAAAAGCCUACCCACAACCUCCCAGGUACUUCCAUGUUUGGCUAGAGUGGAAAAAAAUAAAAAACAAGCCAUGUGUCCCAA